CGGGAGCCCUUUGUGCGUUUGCAGCGGCGGGGCCAUGGCCGGGGCCGGGAGCCCAGCGCGGAGGCGGCUCCAGCCCUGCGGCCCGCGGGGCAGCGCGGAGCCCCCACGAGAGCGUCGGGCCCCUCGGGGAAAAGAGAGAGAAGCAGCCAAAGACGAGGAGCAGCGGCAAAGCCAGGAGCUGCUGAACCAGACGGCAGCCGAGAGGCAGAAGCUGGUCUGGGAGUGGCAGGAGCUGCGAGGGUUUCUGGAGGAGCAGGAGCAGGGGCUGCUGUCCCGGCUGGAAGAGCUAGAGAGAGCCAUUGUCCAGAGAAGGGAUGAGGGCGUCUGCCGGCUGUCCCGGGAGAUUUCCCUGCUCAGUGAGCGGGGAGGAGAGAAGGGGCAGCAGCCGCUGAGCCAACCCCUGCAGGAUGCUGGAAACCCUGGGAGCAGGGAGGACUGGGCGUUUCGGAAGCCAGAUUCAGGGUUUGCGGAGCUGGAGAAGAGACUCAGCCAUUUCUCUCUGAAAAGUGCCGUCCUGAAGCAGGUGCUGCUGGGAUUCAAAGAGACGCUGCGACGGGAGCUGGGGAGCGACACAGGCUGUAGAAUAACAUCUACGGUGAGGGCCAGAUUGCUGCAUCCUCCCAGGAGAGGGAGAAGGGAAAUGGCCAUGGAAGAGCAGGCUCAGGGGCCGGUGACCUUCGAGGAGGUGGCUGUGUAUUUCACUGAAGAAGAGUGGGCUCUGCUGGACACUGCUCAGAGAGCUCUGUACAGAGACGUCAUGCAGGAGACCUAUGAGAAUGUGACCUCGCUGGGGUUUUCAGUUUCCAAACCUGAUGUGAUCUCGCAGCUGGAACAAGGGGAAGAGCCAUGGGUCCCAGACCUCCAGGGCUCUGAGAAAGAAGUGCUCCUGAGAGCUGCCUUCACAGGGAAUGACCUAUGUCUGAAUUCUCUCUGUCUCCUAUCAAGUGAUGGGAUGGUGAGUGAGAAUGAGCAGGAAAAACCCAAGCAGGAAGAUGCUGAGCAAGUAGAACCACGUGGAACAUUAUCAGGAAGAUCCAAAGGGAAUGUUUCCGGGAGUUGUGCACUCCCAGCAAAAGCCUGUGAGACUCAGCAGAGGCCAGAGGAAAAAUUCAGUAGCCACUCAGAUCUUAUUACAUGUGAGAGAAUCAACUUGGAAGAGACACGCUACACAUGCCAUGAGUGUGGGAAAAGCUUAAACCGAAGCUCAGACCUUCUCACACAUUGGAGAACCCACUCUGGAGAGAAACCCUACACAUGCUCUGAGUGUGGGAAAAGCUUUAGUCAGCGCUCAACCCUUAUCACGCAUUGGAGAACCCACACUGGAGAGAAACCCUACACAUGCUCUGAGUGUGGGAAAAGCUUCAGUCGCAGCUCAAACCUUAUCACACAUCAGAGAAUCCACACAGGAGAGACACCCUACACAUGUGCUGAGUGCGGGAAAAGCUUCAAUCAGAGCUCAAACCUUAUCAGACAUCGGAGAAUCCACACAGGAGAGAAGCCCUACACCUGCUCUGAGUGCGGGAAAAGCUUUAGUCAGCACUCACACCUGAUCUUACAUUUUAAGAUCCACACAGGAGAGACGCUCUUCACAUGCUCUGAGUGUGGGAAAAGCUUUAGUCAGCAAUCACACCUCAUCAGACAUCGUAGAAUACAAACAGGAGAGACGCCCUACACGUGCUCUGAGUGCGGGAAAACCUUCAGUCGGAGCUCUAAGUUGAUUAUACAUCGGAGAAUCCACACGGGUGAGAAACCUUAUGGAUGCUCUGAGUGUGGGAAACGCUUCAUUCAGAGCUCAACCCUCAUCAUACAUCAGCGAAUCCACACAAGAGAGAGGCCCUACGUAUGCUCUGAGUGUGGGAAAAGCUUCAAUCGGAGCUCUGACCUGAUUAUACAUCGGAGAAUCCACAUACGUGAGAAAUCUUAUGGAUGCUCUGAGCAUGGGAAACGCUUCAAUCAGAGCUCAACCCUCAUCACACAUCAGCGAAUCCACACAGGAGAGAGGCCCUACACGUGCUCUGAGUGCGGGAAAAGCUUCAAAAACAGCUCACACCUUAUUAGACAUCAGAAAAUCCACAUGAGAGAGAACUGUAACAAAUGCCUUGACUACGGCCCCCGGGGCAGGCUGGGAGUUGUAGUUCCGGACUCUCCCGGGAGCGGAAGUGACGCCCAACAAGGACAAGGGAGGCGGAGGCGGGGCCGGGGCCGGGGCGGACUCGCGCGCGGGGCCGUGGCAGGGUCUCGCGGGGCCGGGGAAGCGGCCGUUGGCGCUCCGGGCAUGCGCAGAUCGCGGGGCGAGACCUUCCUUAACCCCCGCGCGCCCGGCCCGCGCCCGGCCCCCGCUGGAGCCGCCCUGGGGCCGCCCCGGGCUCCGCCCGCCCCGCUGCGGCCUCCAGGCUACAGAAUAAUGUCCACAUUUCGCUCCAGAUCAUCCUGUCCUCCGAGGGGAAAGGAAAUGGCUGCAAUGGAGCUGGCUCAGGGGCCGGUGACUUUCAAGGAGGUGGCUGUGUAUUUCACCAGGGAAGAGGGGGCUCUGCUGGACCCCACUCAGAGAGCCCUCUACAGGGAUGUCAUGCAGGAGAACUAUGAGACGGUGGUCUUGCUGGGGUUUUCAGUUUCAAAACCUAAUGUGAUCUCGCAGCUGGAACGAGGGGAAGAGCCAUGGGUCCCGGACCUCCAGGGCUCUGAGAAAGAAGUGCUCGUGAGAGCUGCCUGCACAGUGAGUGACCUAUGUCUGGAUUCUCUUUGUCUCCCAUCAGGUGAUGGGAUGGUGACUGAGAAUGAGGAGGAGAAACUUCAGCAGAAAGAUGCUGAGCCAGUAGAACCAUAUGGAACGUUAUCAGGAAGAUCCAAAUGGAAUGUUUCUGGGACUUGUGCACUCCCAGAAAAAGCAAAAGCCUGUGAGACUCACCAUAGGCCAGAGGAAAAAUUCAGUAGCCACUCAGACCUUAUUACACACGAGAGAAUCAACUUGCAAGAGACACGCUACACAUGCUGUGAGAGUGUGAAAAGAGAAGAGAGACCUUACAUGUGCUCUGAGUGCAGGAAAAGCUUUAGUCAGAGCUCUGCCCUUAUCACACAUUGGAGAAUCCACACGGGAGAGAAGCCCUACAGCUGCUCGGAGUGCAGGAAAAGCUUUAGUCAGAGCUCUGCCCUUAUCACACAUCGUAGAACCCACACAGGAGAGACACCCUACACUUGCUCUGAGUGCGGGAAAAGCUUCAGUCAGAUCUCUAUGCUGAGCACACAUAGGAGAAUCCACACAGGAGAAACUCCCUACACAUGCUCUGAGUGUGGGAAAAGCUUCAAUCAUAGCUCUUCCCUGAUCACACAUCAGAGAAUCCACACAGGAGAGACGCCCUACACAUGCUCCGAGUGCGGGAGAAGUUUCAAUCAGAGGUCUGCCCUGACCACACAUCAGCGAAUCCACACAGGAGAGACGCCCCACACAUGCUCUGAGUGUGGGAAAAGCUUCAGUCAGAGUGGGAGCCUUAUCAGACAUCAACGAAUCCACACAGGAGAGAAACUCUACACAUGCUCUGAGUGCGGGAAAAGCUUCAAUCAGAGCUCACACCUUAUCACACAUAGACGAAUCCACACAGGUGAGAAACCUUAUGGAUGCUCUGAGUGUGGGAAAUGCUUCAUUCGUAGUUCAGCCCUCAUCUCGCAUCAGAGAAUCCACACAGGAGAGAUGCCCUACACCUGCUCUGAGUGUGGGAAAAGCUUUAGUGGGCACUCUGCCCUUAUCACACAUCGUAGAAUCCACACAGGAGAAAAACUCUACACGUGCUCUGAGUGUGGGAAAAGCUUCAAUCAGAGGUCACACCUUAUCACACACAGAAGAAUCCACACAGGUGAGAAACCUUAUGGAUGCUCUGAGUGUGGGAAAUGCUUCAUUCAUAGUUCAUCCCUCAUGUUACAUCAGAGAAUCCACACAGGAGAGAAGCCCUACACAUGCUCUGAGUGCGGGAAAAGCUUCAAUCGCAGCUCACACCUUAUCACACAUCAGCGAAUCCACACAGGAGAGAGGCCCUACACGUGUUCUGAGUGUGGGAAAAGCUUCAGUCGGAGCUCUACACUUAUUAGACAUCUGCGAAUCCACACCGGCGAGACGCCCUACACGUGCUCUGAGUGCGGGAAAAGCUUCAGUGAAAGCUCAAGCCUUAGUAGACAUCAGAAAAUCCAUAUGAGAGAGAACUGUAAUAAAUGCCUUGACCAGUUCCGGACUCUCCCGGGAGCGGAAGUGGCGCCGGACGGGGGAGGCGGGGCUCGCGCGGCCGGGGAAGCGGCCGUUGGCGCUCCGGGCAUGCGCAGAUCGCGGGGCGAGACCUUCCUUAACCCCCGCGCGCCCGGCCCCCGCUGGAGCCGCCCUGGGGCCGCCCCGGGCUCCGCCCGCCCCGCUGCGGCGCUGCAGCCUCCAGGCUACAGAAUAACAUCCAUGUUUUGCUCCAGAUCAACCCAUCCUCCCAGGGGGAAGGAAAUGGCUGCAAUGGAGCUGGCUCAGGGACUGGUGACUUUUGAGGAGGUGGCUGUGUAUUUCACCAAGGGGGAAGGGGCUCUCCUGGACCCCACUCAGAGAGCCCUCUACAGGGAUGUCAUGCAGGAGAACUAUGAGACGGUGGUCUUGCUGGGGUUUCCAAUUUCCAAACCUGGUGUGAUCUCGCAGCUGGAACGAGGGGAAGAGCCGUGGCUCCCGGACCUCCAGGGCUCUGAGAAAGAAGUGCUCCCGAGAGCUGCCUGCGCAGGGAGUGACCUAUGUCCGGAUUCUCUCCAUCUCCCAUCAGGUGAUGGGAUGGUGCGUGAGAAUGAGGAGGAGACACCCCAGCAGGAAGAUGCUGAGCAAGCAGAACCACAUGGAACAUUAUCAGGAACAUCCAAAGGGAAUGAUUCCAGGAGUUGUGCACUCCCAGAAAAAGAGAGAGCGUGUGAGACUGAGCAGAGGCCAGAGGAAAACUUCAGUAGCCACUCAGACCUUAUUACAUGUGAGAGAAUCAACUUGGAAGAGACACGCUACACAUGCCAUGAGAUUGGGAAAAGCUUUAAUCGGAGCUCAAACCUUCUCACACAUCAGAGAAUCCACACGGAAGAGAAACCCUACACAUGCUCUGACUGUGGGAAAAGCUUUAGUCGGCAUUCACACCUUAUCACGCAUCAGAGAAUCCACACAGGAGAGAGGCCCUACACAUGCUCUGAGUGUGGGAAAAGCUUCAGUCAGAGCUCGACCCUUAUCACACAUCGUAGAAUCCACACAGGAGAGACGCGCUACAUGUGCUAUGAGUGCGGGAAAAGAUUCAAUCAGUUGGCUGCCCUGAUCACACAUCAGAGAAUCCACAGAGGAGAGAUGCCCUACACGUGCUCUGAGUGUGGGAAAGACUUCAAUUACAGCUCUGCCCUGAUCACACAUCAGCGAAUCCACACAGGAGAGAGGCCUUACACAUGCUCUGAGUGUGGGAAAAGUUUCAAUCGGAGCUCUAACCUUAUUUCACAUAAGAGAAUCCAUACAGGAGAGAAGCCUUACAGGUGCUCUGAGUGUGGGAAAAGCUUCAAUCAGAGCUCGACCCUUAUCGUACAUCGUAGAAUCCACACAGGAGAGACGCCCUACACAUGCUCUGAGUGUGGGAAAAGUUUCAAUCAGAGCUCGACCCUUAUCACACAUCGUAGAAUCCACACAGGGGAGAUGCCCUACACAUGCUCUGAGUGCGGGAAAACCUUCAAUCAGAGGUCUGCCCUGAUCACACAUCAAAGAAUCCACACAGGAGAGAUGCCCUACACAUGCUCUGAGUGUGGGAAGAGCUUCAGUCGCAGUUCUGCCCUGAUCACACAUCAGCGACUCCACACAGGAGAGAGGCCUUACACGUGCUCCGAGUGUGGGAAAAGCUUCAAUCAGAGCUCAAACCUUAUCUCGCAUCAGAGAAUCCACACAGGAGAGAAGCCCUACACAUGCUCUGAGUGUGGGAAAAGCUUCAAAAAUAGCUCACACCUUAUUAGACAUCAGAAAAUACACAGGAGACAGAACUGUAACAAAUGCCUUGAUUAGGGCUGGGCAAAGAUUAUUUUUUUAAAUCACAUUUUCUAAUUCUCAUAGUGAUCUGUGCACCAUCUUCACCAUGGUCUCUUAGCUUCCCCAGAUCAAUUGCCUGCUUCUGCCUUUUGCAACUCACCCUUCUUUGGGAUCAGUCCUGUGAUCUUUUCUAUCAACUCCUUUCCUUUUGAGUUGUAGGAGUGUGUAUCCCUCCAGCCUGGAAUGUUCAUCAGCUCCCGGAAGGAGAGAGAGAUUUGAUUCACAACUAUGUACACUGAGAUAAUGUAUGCUGUGCCUUACAUCCACUAGGACUGUAUAUGGCUGCUCAAGUGAGUGAUCUUGAUGUAAAAAGACAAUUACAGUUGUAGUGCCGAUGCAGUCCAGGUGUAGUGGUUGGCAUUAGGUUUCCCCUUGACCUGACUAAAUUCCAUCACUUUUCCUAGUCUUUAAACAAACCCUGUGCAUCACGGUUAUACCGUUCCCCCAUUUCAAAGAAAUUGUUACUCAUAGAGUUUCCUCUUCGGUAACAAAUGGUUUCAUUCCCAGUUGCUGUGUUGUUGCUUCAGGUUGUGUUAGAGAGCAGAUAUUUUUACUACCAUUUUCCUUCCUUAAAAUAUAUUGAACUAUAAAAAAGAGCAGGGAUAGGGAAAAAUGUCAUUUCCCCUCUGUAACAACAGAAGAAGAUAGGGUAAAUCCGAGGGAUUCCCUUAUUCCCAAUCACCAUCCCAACCCUCCCGUUGUUUAAUUGGUUAUGUCAGUAUUUUUUCUAAAGGGCUGUGAAGAGGAUUCCCUAGUAAAUCAUAGAAUAUCAGGGUUGGAAGGCACCUCAGGAGGUCAUCUAGUCCAACUCCCUGCUCAAAGGAGGACCAAAUGAUUUGGAACUAAGCAAAAUACCAAUGCAUGUGGCUCCUAAAGCAGUUGUGGCCCAGGCCCUGCAGGAGGUUGCUCCUGAAGAUCUCUCCUUCCUGAUCAGGUGCAUGUUGCCUAUUAUUUGGGAAAUGCAAUCCCUAUCUAGGUAGGGAUGGGAAAAAUGGAAGUGACAUUUCUCUUCAGCUCACCCCUGGGAGAUGCUGCAAAUGUGUAGAAAAUGAAAUCCAUGUUGAAUGUGAUAUAGCUGCAGAAAGACACCUAUUUUUAAUAGAUACCUGACAUUUGCUGUCUUACAAGGAAUCUGAGCAGCACCUAAAUGAAAUCUGUACCACCAGAUUAAAGAAAUAAAAGGCAUAUUUGCGGGAGUUAUUCCUUACUAUCGCUACUGAUUAUGUUGUGUGGGUGGUGAAGAAUUCUACUCCAGAGAAGUCUAAAAUUACUCCAAGUAAGGUCAAAGCUAUGAUAACCUGUGGCCCAGGUAAAGUAUUUUAGGUCCCUGCUCCCUUGUUAAGUGGCACUGAUCACACUCCUAAAGGAUGUCAUGAUUACAUUGGGCACAACUGUCUUUUACCAUUUGGAUCCAAAGUUUCAUGAAGCAGAGAGAGAAAAACAGCUGAUUCCUUCAGAGCCAUUCCAUGUCUAUGCGUCCCAAUCUGGCUGCCUUGUUGGACAAGAAGCCCUUCUGUGCUGGGCAAAUGAUGGUAGCCAAUGAGGGAAUGUAUCAGAUUCCAAAUUCAGACUGUAGGAUACGUGAAUGCUAAGUCCAGAGUCUGUGGUUUGGUCUCUUAGUUUUGCUAUUAAGUCUAAUGCAUUUGUAUCACUUCUUCUCCUGCUGCUAGUUUGAAAGAUUAGAAAGCGUGAAAAUAGAUCACAGGUGGUUUUUCAUGAUGCAGCCUUCCCACAUAGUGUGAGACCCCUUCCACCCACACUUCUGGGAGAAGACCCAGGGAGAAAUGAACUCUCAGAAAUGGAAGGCUCCUAGCUUAUGGUAGAAUGUGACUUCACACAAAGCUCACUGGGUGGAAAUGGGAAUCAAGAGAAAACUGCCCUGUAAAUUUAUAUUUUGUAAUCUUUGAAUAAGUUACCAGCAGCAAUGAAAUUAAACAUGAAGUUAAUGAGUGUAAUAUAAGAGGCUGAUCAUGUAAUAACUUGCAGUGUUACAAUAGAAUUUAGGUUUUCUUCUAGUUCUCUCCCUGCCCCCUCCUACUACAUAGAAAAUGGUGGCUAAUCCUGAAAUUAAAGCCUCACUCCAAAGGAAUUAGAGUGGGGGAAUAUGUUAAAUAGUAUGUACAAGAAUAGAUACCCAGUACAGAUGGUAAUUAUUUCUAUUUAAAAUGGAAUUUAUUAUGAUAAAUUUUAAAAUAAAUCUUCCCUUAAGAGGAAAAUUACUUGAAACAAGAUAUGUAGCAUUUUACCCAGUUAGAGGGUAAAAGCCACAGAGUUUUAGAGAUCUCUUGUUUGGAAAGCAAAGAUGUCACAUCAGGCAGGAGAUGUCAAAAUCUAAAAUGGUGAUGGAUGUGUGAUGGUAGCUUUUCUGAGUUAUUUUUUUGGUUUGUUUUUUUAAUUUAAUUUUAAUUUUGCAACCAGUUACUUUUAUAGGUGCUGAGGACCCUUUUCCUUUUGAGAACAGCUAUUUAACCAUCAGGCCUGGAUCUGUAAACCUCCCCAAAACUGGCCUUGUGUUUCUUUCAGUUUUGAUAUCUUUGGUGUUCACACAUCCACAUUACAUGUGGCUCACAGAAACAGAUACUUUGAGAAACCUGCUGGGUUAAGCAGGCCUUUUCCAAAACAACAUUGGCCCAAAGUCUGCCUCAAUUCAGCUGGAUUGGGACAUGUCUGUAUCAAAGGAGUGGUUCACACCUGAUUUGCCUAGAGACCUUGGGGGAGGUGUGGUAAGAUAGGGUAAGUAGGAAUCAACACCAAAAAAGUUAAAUGUAAGGGUGAAAGACCUUCACCUUGCAGAUCAACAUGCCUGUUCUUUUCAUUCCCUCUGAAGCAUCUGGUACUGGUCACUCUCAGGCAGCACACUGGGCUAGAUGGACCAUUGGUCUGACUCAGUAUGUCCAGCCUUGUGUUCUUAUGUAAGCCUUGUAGGACCUUGUCUACACUGGCAAGUUUCUGCGAAGUAAAGCAGCUUUCUGUGGUGUAACUCCUGAGGUGUACACACUGCCAAGCCACUGAGUGCGCAGAAACUGCAAUUGCAGCUCUGUUUUUUAAAAAAAAAAAAAAAAGCCACCCCGACGAGAGGCGUAGAGCUUUCUGUUCCAGAACUACAGCGCCGCGGUGCAAGUGUAGACACCCUGGUCGAUUACAGCGCUGCGAUUGACCUCCGGGAGGUGUCCCACAAUCCCUGUUCUCGCCUCUCUGGUCAUCGGUUUGAACUCUACUGCACUGACCGCAGACUACCAACUGUGAACCCCACCCCUUAAAUUCCCUGGGAAUUUUGAAAGUCCCCUUCCUGUUUGCUUGGUUACACAUGCAGUGGUCUCAGCGCAUCUUUCCAGGUGACCUUGCUUGGAGUAAUGCUGAGCUGCUGGACCUCAUCAGCAUUUGGGGAGAGGAGGCUGUCCACUUCCAGCUGUGCUCUAGCCGUAGGAAUUAUACCUAUAGAAAGAUUUCACAAUGAGAGAAAGGGGCCAUGACCAGGACACACCGCAAUGCAGAGUCAAAGUGAAGGAGCUGUGGAACGCCUAUUCCUUGGCAUGGGAGGCAAACCGCCGCUCCAGUGCUGCACCCAUGAGCUCCUGGUUCUACAAAGAGCUGGAUGUGAUAAUCAGUGGUGACCCCACCUCCACUGUGAAGGCCACUGUGGAUACUUCAGUGGCUCACAUGCCAGUCGAUAGCGGACUGAGCCAGGAGGAGGAAAUCUUGGAUAAGGAUGUGGAGGCGGAGGGAUCCCCAGAGGCAGAGGAUGAGUCAGAGGUUAGAGAUGCAUGCAGCCAGGAGUUCUUCUCUACCCCAGAGGAGGAUAGCCAGUCACAGCUGUCAGAGUUUGGCAAAGCACAAACAGGAGAGGAGGCCCCUGGUAAGUGGCUUUGAUCUUGGGAAUCACUUGAAGUGAGUUCUUGGGAGCAGGAGGGUUGCAGAAAGCAGGCUUGUGUCUGUAUGAUGUGCGUACCACCGCAUGCCCAGUCUGAGUGGCGGAACAGGGUGAUAAUUGACUCCCUCACUUUAUGGGAAUCUGCACCAGAGAUCUCCAUGAAACUCUCAUGGAGAUACAGGGCAAUCCGCUGCUGCAGGUUCUUUGGCAGAGCUGCUUUGUUUCUUGCCCCAUUAAGGGUAACUUUCCUGCAGUACUCUGCCAGCAUGGGAGGAGUGGGGCGACCAUUGCCGCACAUAGGCGGGCCACAUAAGAAACAGGCUGUACGCCACAGUCUUGGAGAAGACUCUUGAUUCUCUGCUCACCCUCAGCAGAGAGGUAUCUUCCAUAAUGAACACAGCGUGUGGAAAAUGUGGGCACAGGAAUGAUUGUAAGGCCCCUCCCUACAGUGCUGUCUCUCCCCAAGAGCCACGUGCCCAGUGUACAGUACGGUCCUGGAACAGUGAUUUUUCCCUGCCCCUGCUGUUACCAUUUUGGGGGUCUUGUGGCUCAUAUGUGCUUGCCUGGGUUAGCCAGUUAGUGACAGGUGUGUGAAUAGUGGCUAUGUUUUAAAUCACUGCAUCAGUGGUCUCUGUGUUGCAAACAAUACUGCUUCUGUAAAAUGUUGCAUUUUGGCUUCACAGAUACGCCCUUGGGAGCCCAGCCUCCCUCUUUGUUAUCGCCGGCUGAAUGGCUGCUGAGAAUUAGAAAGUGGCCAUGAAGAACUAAAGAGAACUUUCUGCAUGAGGUAAUGAUGCACUCUGUGGCCGAAAAACAAGAAUUAAAAGAGUGAGCGGACAGCGAGAAGAGGGACCAAAAGGAGAACGGUGCGCCAGAACGAAGCCAUGGAGCGGCUCUUAAACCUUAUGGAGUCCAAAGCGGUCAUGCUCCAGGCACUACCAGCACUGCAAACCGAGGAGCUCUGUGACUGCCCUCCCAUGCAUCCACUGUCGCAAAACUCUUUCCCGUGCCUCCCCCAGACAACACCAACACACUCUUAUUAACCUUCUGGCUCCAGUCUGUACCCGCUGUAUUCCACUCCUGCCUCACCACAGUCCAGCCCUGCAGAUGUUCAGUACCCAGUGCACUCAACACCCAUCCCUUUGUAGUUUUAUUCCUGAUGAAGUACAGUACCCACUGCAUUGUAUUCCAAAGUAUAAGGUUGCAUAGGAUACCUGGGCAUACACAAAUCUUUAACCUUCCCUGGACCCCACCUCCUCAUGGGAUCUCUUUUCCCCAUCACCCACAGCGCUGAUGUGGUGGUGUUGUUUUUCCCUCUCCUGCGGUGGUUGUUUUUUAAUAAAAGAAUACUUUUGGUUUGAAA